GUGUAGUGUAAAUUUUUCACAAAAGAACAAGGACGUUUUACAUCCUGGUAUAGCGGAUUUAACCAUUUACGUGUUUCGAGUUAUAAUUUCCUCCCCAGUUGCUCACAUGAUUUUGACAAUCAUUGGUUUAACCCAUAGUGUCUGGACUUAACAACAGUAUUCAUUUAUCAAAAUGGCCGGAGAGUGGAGCCAUGGCCUGUUCAACUGUUUUGAUGACUUCGGUAUCUGCAUCGUCGCCUACUUAGCGCCAUGUGUCCAGUUCGGCCAGAAUGCCGAGAAGGUCGGGGAGGGGAGCUGCUUCCUCUGCGGGCUGGUUUAUUUCGUGCCCAUUCUAAAUAUCAUAGAAUGGGUAACAGUGCGCGGGAAAAUUCGCGAGCAGAACGGCAUCGACGGGACCGCGUGCAACGACUGCCUGACGAUCAUGUUCUGCCCACUGUGUGCACUCGCACAGGAGACGAUGGAGGUUCAGAAUAUCCCCAGACUGAUGUCCAUGAGCCGAGAGUAAUUGCGGAAAUCAGCGAAAAAUCAGCGGAAUUAUGUUAUCUUGAACCCACUCAUUUUGACGCACUGGCAUUAUUGCGAUUAUUUGUUUUCUCGAACUAUCUCAUUUUGUUCAACUCGAACUCAUUGCCACUUUCUAAUCCCCAACCAAAUCAUUUUUAGUGACAUUUCAUUAUCUAGAACUUAUUCUUAUAACUUAUAUCUUCGUUAUAUUUAUUUUGACCCAAUUGAACUUUGGUUAAACUUCGUUAUCUCGAACGUAUUCAUUUUGACCCGAUGCACUUUUGAUGAAACUUCGUUAUCUCGAACUUGUUCAUUUUUAACCACUGGAACAUUGGUGAAACUUCGUUAUCUCGAACUUGUUCAUUUUUACCCACUCGAACUUUGGUGAAAGUUAUUUGUCUGGAGCUCACUCAUUUUGACCCUCUGAAACUGCAGUGAAACUGUGUUACUCUUAACUCGGUCAUUUGUCCCAUGGGAACUACAGUGAAACUUUUUUACUCCUAACUCAGUCAUUUUCCCCAUGGGCACUACAGUGAAACUUUGUUACUCUUAACUCACGCAUUUGCCCCAUAGGAACUACAGUGGAAAAUGUUUUGCUCUCAACUCAGUCAUUUGCCCCAUGGGAACUACAGUGAACGUGUGUUGCUCUUAAUUCAGCCAUUUGCCCCAUGGGAACUUCAUUGGAAUUUACAUCCGAUGUUUUUACUAAAACCUUAUUAUAUGAUACUUCUCUUUUGUUUUGGAUCUUAUUGCUACGUUUUUUCAUUUUGCAGUGUUUUAAAUGACAUAUAUUUUUGCUAUCGUAUCACAUUCACGCUCUAUGUAGGAAAACAACUGCUAAACUUCGUUAUCAUAAACUCUUGAAGUUUUGAAGAUUUUUCCUUUUGAUACAUCAUUCUUAAAUGUAUUUAAUUUGAAGUAUGCGCAUAGUUUGAAAGUAUCGUAACGUUAUCUCGAGUUUCCAAUAUCGUAUAUAUGUACUUACAAUAUAACUUUAUACUUUUGAACGUGUUCUUUCAGGUCAGAUAUCACAGUCUGCACAAUUAAGUUGAAUACUAUGUUAAUAUAUUUUUGGUCAACACAAUUCAAAUGUACUAGUUUUCACACGGGAUAUGGCUUUAUACAAAUACUAUUGUUAUCAGCAAUAUUGUUCAAGUUUGUUGAAGAUGACCAUUUAAUUAAAUUAUUUAUAAUG